AUGUCCACUUUUCACCUCUGUCAUCAAAUUCCAGAAGAGCUCUGGAUUGAAAUUUUCAUUUAUCUCACCGAUUCUCUUUCCUCCAUCUUUAUCCAUGUUCCUCUCACUUGCAAGAGAUUCUUCCGAAUUAUUUUUCAAAUGGAUGAUGAUUUUAAACCAUUCAUAUUACCUACACCUAAUCAACUAUGUGAUCAUCAUCCUUCUCAUCCCUCUUCUUCUUCAACCACCACAACAACCAAUAAUAGUCCGAUUUCAAAAGUAGGACGCAUAUUCUUAAAUACUUUCUUUAGAAAAGAAUUGGUGGCUUCUACAAGCAUCACAGAUCACCAUGACCAACAAAAAACACCACCCACUCUACUCCAUAAUGAUGAAUGGUUACUUUAUUCAGAUGCAACACGAGUGAACGAACCUUUGUACAAGUUAUUACUUGAAUUGUAUAGUUUGAAUAAUUUUAAUGAUGAUGAAUAUACAACAACAUUUUCAAAUAAUACUCAUGUCAACAUGAAUAGAUCUUACAGAACUUGUUUUGAAAUUUUCAAAUUAUAUGGUUUUACAACUAAUAAUUUUUUUAGGCAAGAGUUGUGUUAUACUGGAACGAUGAUUACCAAUUUGGAGGUUUACAAAAAUACAAAAACUGGAUCUCCUUCGAUGCAAGAACCUCUUAGAUGUGGAAAUACGGUCGUCAUGACAGAAAAUUUUUGUUCCUCCUCAGUGGGUGAAGCGGGUGUGAAUGUAGUUAACCGACCCAUGAUGUACGAUUCAGGAAUUCAUUAUUUUGAAUUUAUUGUACACAAGAGUGGACAGUACGACAAUUUCUUGAUUGGAAUUGUGUUAACUGAAAGAUUGAACAUUGCGAAUUGUAAACAGAUAUCGGGAGAUAAGCUUGAAGAUCGAUUUAAGAUCGAUGCAGAAUAUAGUUUUCAGUUCAGAGAUUAUCUUGGGUCGUCGAAUAGUUUUAGUAUUGCAAUUUAUGAAGAAGGAAAUUGUGUUUAUCACAAAUCUAACUCAAUAGAUAUUUGUAAUCAAAAGAAACAGUAUUGUAUUAUGGAGGAUGAGAAUAUUGUGAAAGGCAAUGGAUAUAUUAUUGGAGUUUAUUUGGAUACGAAGAAUUUUAAAAUUGCCUUUGCGAAAAAUGGAGCAUUUGUUUCAUCGAUCGAUUUUUCGCACAAAAUGAUUGAUCAUCCAAAGUAUGAGAUAGGCCAGCUUGCUUUUUAUCCUGCCUUAUCUAUGGGCCAAACAAACGAUGCCUGUACCUUUUCUACCAAGAUGUCUCUACAGAAAAGUAGUGCUAUCAAACAUGCUAUCAGAGAACUCUUAUUCGAAAAAAAGUAA